UUGAUCCUGACUAUCAACGUCCCGGUUCGCGAUAGUGCACUAGUUCAUGAUCCACUUUUAAAUUUGUGUUACGAAAAAAACCAACCAACGGAAAGAGAGAGGAAAACAACGAAUAAGUAGAUUAAUUCAAGCACUUGAUCGACUUCACAAGUUUUCCAUACGUGUUUCCCAACCCAAAAAGAAACAAAUCGUCAGGUAAAACACACGAAAUAAACAAAUUUAAUAUAAAAUCAAAUAAAAUAAAAAUGAAUGCAGAAGAAUAUCGAAUUCGUGGUAAAGAAAUGGUUGAUUAUAUAGCUGAUUACCUAACAAAUAUCCGUGAACGUCGAGUAUUCCCGGAUAAGAAACCCGGGUUUCUCCACGAUCAACUUCCGGAAUCAGCGCCAUUGGAAGGUGAAUCCUGGCCGCAGAUUUUCAACGAUGUAGAAAAGAUAGUAAUGCCUGGUUUAACCCACUGGCAAUCACCACAUAUGCACGCGUAUUUUCCGGCUUUGAAUAGUUAUCCAUCCUUAUUGGGAGACAUGUUAGCGGACGCCAUUAAUUGUAUUUGUUUUACCUGGGCUUCGAGCCCAGCCGGUACCGAAUUAGAAACAAUUGUUAUGAAUUGGCUUGGGAAGAUGAUUGGUCUACCGGAUGAUUUUUUACAUACCAGGAAGGAAUGUUCUGGUGGAGGCGCCAUUUUGACAACUGCAAGUGAAGCUACUCUAGUCUGUUUACUCGCUGGUCGAACCCAAGCAAUCAAACAAUAUCAAAAUCUCUAUCCGGAUUUGGAAGAUGGCGAGAUUGGCGCACGAUUGGUAGGCUACUGUUCGGAUCAGGCGCACUCUAGUGUCGAGAAAGCCGCCCUGAUCGGAUUGGUCAAGAUGCGAUACAUCGAAUCCGACGAGGAGCUAUCAAUGCGUGGUGAUAAACUCAAGCAGGCAAUUAAAACCGACCGCGAACGAGGGUUAAUCCCAUUUUGGGUUUGUAAUACUUUGGGAACUACAGGCGCAUGCGCGUUUGAUAAUCUGGAUGAAGUAGGUUUAGUAUGUGAAGAAGAAAGAUUAUGGUUGCAUGUUGACGCUGCAUAUGCCGGAAGUGCAUUUAUUUGUCCCGAAUAUCGCACAUGGUUGAAAGGUAUUGAAAGAGCUGAUUCCAUUGCGUUUAAUCCAUCAAAAUGGCUGAUGGUGCAUUUUGAUUGUACGGCUAUGUGGGUGAAGAAUAGUAAUACUCUACAUCGCACCUUUAAUGUUGAUCCGCUUUAUUUGAAGCACGAAAAUUCGGGGCUUGCGAUUGAUUACAUGCAUUGGCAGAUUCCGCUGAGUAAACGCUUCAGGGCUUUGAAGCUUUGGUUCGUCAUCAGGAAUUAUGGUAUUACGGGAUUACAAAAACACAUUAGAGAAGGUGUGCGUUUUGCUCAAAAAUUUGAAGCUUUAUUACUAGCGGAUAAUCGUUUUGAACAGUCUGCAAAGCGCCAUCUUGGUUUAGUCUGUUUCCGACUUAAAGGUGCUAAUGAAUUGACUGAGAAAUUAUUGAAAAGAUUGAAUUCACGUGGCAAUUUGCAUUGUGUACCUGCUGCGUUGAAAGAUGAUUAUGUUAUCAGAUUCACUGUUACUUCUCAACAUACUACAAAUGAAGAUAUUGUCAAAGAUUGGAAGGAAAUUAAAACUGUGGCUACGGAUAUUUUGGUUGAAGAGGAACAAUUGGUUAUUAUGCCAAGUAAAAUUAAAGUUCCACUUAAAGAAACUAAAGAGAGAAACGAAAAUUUUGGUACGAGUCUCCUACUUGCAAACUCUCCAAUGUCACCAAAAGUCGUCAAUGGAAGUUUUGCAGCUAUUUAUGACCACGGAGAUGUUUUGGAAGAGUUUUCCAAGUUUCGUUUGGGAGCUCCAAGUAGUCCAUACAUGCGUCGUAGAAUUAAAGGUAUCUUAAUGUCCGGAAAACAAUUUUCAUUGGACAGCCACCUAGACUUAUUCCAAGGUGUCGAACAAAAAUCCUCAAAAGUCCGGCCCAAUUCAGAACCGGAUGAUUUACAAUCAGCUGAGGAACCACUCAUUGAACAUCAAGAACACGAAGAAAAUGCGUUCGAGGAGACACUCACGUUGGAAAUCUACCAUCAACACGACCAACGCUCACACUCCGUUGAUCAUCAGGUGCCUAUCAUCAUCACCGAUCACUCAACACAACACGCAAAUAUUCCGCACUAUACGAAUCAAUUCUCGAAUGAUUUCAGCGUUAGUACAGAAGAAGAAAAAGUAAACAUCGCUUGUAAUUCAACGGUUAAAUCUUGUAGUAAAUGUGGUCAUGAUAUCAUCGAAUAGAUUUCAAAAUGUAGAUGUAUUUAAAAACACUUAAAAUUUACGAUAAUUGAUGUGCAAAUCUAAGUAGUUUACAUGUUAACGUUUAAUCACUUUGUUUGAAACUGCUGUGAAUGCAAUAAUGUUAAUAAUCAAGGCGUAAUCAGUGUCCAAAGUUAAAUACCUAAAUACUGUAUUCAAUAUUUCAUGUUGCACGCAUAGUAAUAAGUAAAUGUAAUGUAUUCAAAUCAAAUUAUGAAUAAUAAAUGCCGAAAAUGUAUGUAAUGUAAGAUAAAAACUUACUGCAGUUCGAAGCGUGGAGUAGAAUAUCCAUUAUUGAUAAGCACCACAAACAAAACACACGCACAUUUUGAAGAACGCGCUGACGAA